AUGGGUGAGGGGCAAAUCCCCUUGAGCCACAGGAAAACGGUCACUCUGGAGAUAGACCAAGAAUCUAACAGAUUCGAGAAAAGUAAUGAUAUGAGCUCAAAAGAUAUUCCAGGACCAGUAGGUUCUCCAAGAAAAAGAGACCAUAAAUAUGACAUAUCUUGGAAGAGAAGUAGAUACAAUUUAGAUUUGAUUAAUCACUCAAGGAGUUAUACAAGAAUGAAAACCUUUGAGUGUAAUAGUUGUGAAAAGAUCUUCAAACAGUUCAUUCACCUAACAGAACACAUGAGAAUUCAUACUGGGGAAAAACCUUUCAGAUGUAAAGAAUGUGGAAAAGCCUUUAGCCAAAGUUCCUCUCUUAUUCCACAUCAGAGAACCUAUGGCGAGAAGCCCUAUGAAUGUAAUGAAUGUGGGAAAACCUUCAGACAUUCAUCAUUUCUUACUGAACGUAGAAUCCACACUAGGGAGAAGCCCUAGGAAUGUGGUGAGUGUGAGGAAGUAUUCAGCCAGAGCACUGGGCUGAUCCAGCAUCUGAGAACUCAUGUGACAGAGAAACCUUUCACAUGCAAAGACUGUAGAAAAGAAUUUUUCCAGAUUAGACACCUCAGGUAACAGGAGAUUAUUCAUACUGUGAAAUCCUAUAUUUGUAAUGUGUGUAGUAAAACCUUCAGCCAUAGCACAUACCUGACUUGACACCAGAGAACUCAUCCUGGGGAAAGACCAUGUAAAUGUAAGGAAUGUGGGAAAGCCUUUAGCCAAAGGAUACAUCUUUCCACUCAUCAGAGAGUACACACUGGAGUGACACCUGAUGAAUACAAUCAUUGUGGGAAAGUUAGGCAUGAUGUAUCCUUUGCCAAACCUCAGAGGAUUCAUACUGGGGAAAAACCUUAUGAUUGUAAUGAAUGUGGGAAAGUCUUCAGCUGUAGUUCAUCACUUAUCAGACAUUGUAAAACACAUUUAAGGAACCUUCAGCAAUGA